AUGGAAAUUAUAGAACAUUCAAUUCAAACAUUCAAAAAAGCUAUUGAACAAGAAAACAAUGGAAUGAAACAAGAGGCAAUUGACUUAUACAAAAAUGGUAUUGAAGAACUUUCACAAAAAAUAGCUUUUAUUAAAGAUGAAAGUAUAUUGGGUCAGUGUAUUGAUGCAUUAAAAAUGUACAAAGACCGAGUUAAUUUAUUAGAACAACAACUUCAAGAAAAACAAGUAACGUCUUUCCCUUCUUUAAAAAAUAAUGAUAACCAAAAAGAAUAUGUUGUGGUCCAACCGACAUAUCAAUUAUCGACAAAUGACUAUAUUCCUCAAGACACUUACAAAAUAUCAGAUGAUAAAGAUUUUAGUGGUCAAGUUGAUGAGAUCUUAAGUCAAGUUUAUAACGACAUUAAAAAAGAGCAACUUACACAACAAAAACCAAUUCAAAAACCAUUACCUGUUAUUCCUCAAAAAAGAACACAACAAACAGCUAUUGACAAUGAAAUAUCACUAAUGGAAAAUUAUCUUCAACAAGAAGAAUCAACUCAAAGUUUAAAUCAAAAUGAAAGAGAUUCUAUUUAUCAACAAGCCUUACAAAAUGCAAAUAACUCAAUAGAAUUAACACAACAAGACAUCAAAAAUAUAGAUCGUAUUAUUCAAAAAGGAAAAUGUGCAAAUCAACAAAUUAAAAAAGAAGAAGAAAAGUUUGAUCGUUUAGUUGCACAAAGUCAUCAAGCAGAUGAAUAUUUAGAUUUAAAAUAA